AUGGACUAUGGACUGAUUGUGAAACCCCUGUACGAAGCUCAGAAGAUGCAGCCAUUCACCUGGGGCAAGCCACAGAAGGAAGCCUUCCUAAAACUAAAAGGGGCACUGACGACUGCUCCAGCAUUAGGGUUACCUGAUCUGUCUAAAGAUUUUCAGCUGUUUGUACAUGAAAGGCUACGCCUAGCACUAGGAGUCCUGACCCAACGUCUGGGAAGUUGCAAAAGGCCGGUGGGCUACUUUUCCAAACAACUUGACAACAUAAGUGCGGGGUGGCCUCCAUGUCUGCGGGCAGUCGCAGCCACCGUGAUGCUGAUACAAGAAGCCAGGAAGCUUACUAUGGGAAGGCACAUAGAUGUCUAUGUACCACACAUGGUAACCACUGUCUUAGAACAGAAGGGGGGCCAUUGGCUAUCUCCAAGCAGGAUGAUAAAAUUCCAGGUAGUCCUGACUGAGCAGGAUGAUGUCACAUUAAAAACAACUAACCUUUUGAAUCCAGCUUUGUUCCUAGGUACCACAAUUGAAGAAGGCCCAUUGGAACAUGACUGUGUAGAGGUAAUAGAGUACACCUAUUCAGCAAGAGAAGACUUGAAAGACGUCCCACUAGAGCAGCCGGAGUGGGAGCUAUUUACAGAUGGGAGCAGCUUUGUGGAAAACGGAACCAGAUACGCUGGAUAUGCAGUAACAACAGUCAGCACAGUAGUGGAAGCAAAGGCAUUACCACCAAAUACAUCUGCCCAGAAGGCAGAACUGGUUGCUCUAACCAGAGCACUAGAAUUAAGUGAAGGGAAAAAGGUAAAUAUAUGGACUGACUCAAAAUAUGCCUUUGGGGUGGUGCAUGUACACGGAGCACUGUGGAAAGAAAGGGGAUUAUGUCUUCUCGAGGUACGCACAUUUAACACCAAGAUGCAGUCCUACAAUUGAUAAAGCAGUACAAAAACCUGAGCAAGUGGCAAUUAUACAUUGUAAAGCACACCAAUCAGGAAACUCCAAAAUCUGUGAAGGAAAUCGAAAGGCAGACUGGGCAGCCUGGCAAGUUUCUCGAGAGGUGCAAACAAGAAUGGCAUUGAUACCUUCAAAGCUCAAUAUAUCCCAAUUUAAUCUGCCUCCAAAACCAAGACAUUCAGUAGAAGAUGAGAGACUGGCACGUUCACUAAAUGCACAAAAGAACUCGGAAGGAUGGUAUUUGAUUGCACAAGGACAAAUAGUGGUACCCGCCUUGAUAAUGAGAGAAGUUCUACAAAUUAAACAUAACCAAUGUCAUUGGGGUGCAGAGGCAUUGGUAAAAUUGCUAAAGCAGAAUUUAAUUUCGGUAUGCAUGUUAACAAUGGCAAAAUCAGUCAUGUCAAAAUGUGAUAUCUGCUUGAAAAACAACCCAGUGGCUAGGCGACAGGCACAGCUAGGAAGAAUUCGGAUAGGAAUAGAGCCAGGAGACUACUGGCAGGUAGAUUUCGUAGAAUUGCCAAGAACUCGAGGAUACAAAUACCUGUUAGUAGGGGUUGACACAUUUUCCGGAUGGCCAGAAGCCCUUCCCUGUCGCACAAACCAAGCAAAGGAAACAGUUAAGUGGUUACUACAGGAAAUUAUUCCCAGGUUCGGGGUACCCCUAGGGGUAUCAUCAGAUAGGGGGCCCCAUUUCAUAGCUACAGUAGUAAAAGAAGUAAGUAGAUUGCUGGGGAUAACUUGGGACCUCCACACACCGUGGAGACUCCAGUCAAGUGGACAGGUAGAGAGGAUGAAUCAGACACUAAAAAGGCAAAUCAGUAAAAUAUGCCAAGAAGCCAAGCUGCAGUGGCCCCAGGCUUUGUCAAUAGCACUGUUGAGGAUUAGGAUAAAACCUAGGAGCGGGAUGUCAGUCAGUCCUUAUGAGAUAUUGUAUGGGAAACCAUAUGAAUCUCCUGAGCCUAACCCUAAUGUACACGUUACAGGAAAACAGGAAGUGUAUAAUUAUGUUCUGUCUCUUGGGAAAACUUUAGCUCGGCUCCGGAGCAUCCUUGUGUGGAAUAGACCAAUAACUCUCGAGAACCCAGUUCAUAACAUACUUCCAGGAGACGAGGUGUACAUUAAAAACUAGAACGAAGAACCGCUGAAAGAAAAGUGGUAUGGAUCCUAUCAGGUACUGCUGACCACCUUUACAGCAGUGAAAGUAGCCGGUGUGGACCCCUGGAUUCACUAUACCCGAGUGAAGAAAGUCCAUCCUGGAUCAUAGACUGUGUAAACUGUGGAACCAAGACUGCAGAUAAGAUGUGUUUAAUUACUUUGAGAAUGCUAUUAGUAAUUGUGCUAA